AUGCAAUGGUUUAAGGAUGGGGACAGAAAUACUAAGUUCUUUCAUGCCCAUGGCACUGGAAAAAGAAUAAAAUUGCAGCUAAAGAAAAUUCAAGAUAGUAAUGGGGUAUGGUUGGAAACAGAAGAAGAGAUAGCUCAGGAAGCCAUCGGAUUCUUCACUAAUCAGUUUAGUGAAGAAAAAAUACCCACUGAUUUUGGAAUGCUUCAAAAUGUUCCAAUACUAGUUACUGAUGAACAAAAUGAUAGGUUGCAUGAGAUGCCAGAAGAAAAAAAGGUAAGGAAGGCUGUUUUUGGCUUGAAUGCAGACAGUGCUGGAGGACCAGAUGGAUUCACAGGAAACUUUUUUCAAGUUUGCUGGGAUAUAGUUGCAAAACACAUUACAAAGAUAGUGCAAGCCUUUUUCUGUGGGCAUGAACUUCCUAGAUACAUUACAUGCACUAAUUUGGUGUUGAUUCCAAAAAAGAAGGAGAUUAAUUCUUUCUCUGACUUAAGGCCUAUAAGUUUGAGUAGCAUUACUAGUAAAAUCUUUUCUAGAAUUCUUCAUGAAAGGAUGGUAAAACUACUACCAGAACUUAUAUCACCUCAACAGUCAGGUUUUGUAAAAGGCAAAAGCAUUGUUGAAAAUAUUUUGUUAGUUCAGGAGAUUGUGCAUGAUAUUAGAAUUAGGGGGAAACCUGCUAAUGUGGUGAUCAAGCUAGACAUGGCAAAGGCAUAUGACAGGGUCUCUUGGUUAUUUCUAACCAAGGUUCUAAGGCAGAUGGGAUUUGGUGAGAGACUGAUUAACAUGGUUUUCAGGAUUAUAUCAAAUAAUUGGUACUCAAUUCUUAUAAAUGGGCAACCACAGUGUUUUUUCCGAUCUACUAGAGGGGUGAAACAGGGGGAUCCUUUAUCCCCCACUUUGUUUAUUCUAGCAGCAGAGUGUUUAUCUAGAGCUCUUAAUGCACUUUUUACAAAGGAGGGAUUCAAGGAAUAUGGAAUGCCAAAAUGGAGUUCAUAUGUCAAUCACUUGGCAUAUGCUGAUGAUAUUAUUAUUUUCACAUUUGCUAAUGAACAAUCAAUGAGAUUGAUCAUGGAUACUUUAGCAGGAUAUGAGGAGGUGAGUGGACAGAAGGUCAACAAGGGAAAGAGUGCUAUCUUUAUGCAUCACUCAGUAACACAGGCUAUUUCUGAGUUGGUGUACAAUGUGACUCAAAUCCCUGGAAAAGAGUUUCUAUUAACUUAUUUGGGGGUGCCAUUUAUUAUGAGUACCUCUGUGGGAAAUUCUAGUAAACAUUGGUCUACCUGGACAACUUUGUGUCACCCACAGGAUGAAGGGGGAAUGGGAUUCAGAAUGUUAGCACCUCAGAAGAAUACAUGGACAUAUGUAUGGAAGAAAAUGCUUAAAGUAAGAGAAGUAAUUGAGCAGGAGAUUUGGUGGAAGAUUCAACAAGGUAAUUCUUACUUCUGGAUGGAUAACUGGACAGGAUUAGGAGCAUUAUAUCAUAUUAUCCCAGUUGAGUUUGAAUGGGAUCCUACUGUGAUACUAGUCAAAGAUGUAGCAGAGGAGGGGCAGUGGAAUGAGGGCCUGAUUAGAGAACUUCUCCCUGAAGACCUAGCUAAUCACAUUGUUGAAAAUAUUUCUCCUCCAGUAGAGCACAAUGAAGUUGACAAAGCUUUUUGGAAAUUGGAAUCUAGGGGGAAGUUUUCUAAUCCUGAUACUGAAGAUAUAAAUCAUGUUUUCUUACAUGCACCUGAUGCUCAGAAUAUUUGGAAGCAUUUUUGUGGGCCUGUUGGUACAGAUAUUCAAAAUUUGCAUAUUACUCAAGUAAUUCACAAAUGGUGGGAUCUACCAGUCCAGUCUGAAAUUAAAUACAUCUAUAAGGUAAGAAGGGGAAACUUUAGAUAUGCCCCUUACAAAUGGAGUAAGGUAGUCGAAUUAUUGGAAAGUUACACUCAGCCGACUAAAAUCAUUCCAGUGUGGUGGAAGGCUCCUGAAAGGGGAUGGGUUACAGUAAAUACCGAUGGUGCAUCUAGAGGUAAUCCGGGGAGAAGUUCAUGGGGUUUUUGUGUGAGGGAUGAGAUGGGUAAUUUGAUUCAGGCACAAGCACAAGAGAUGGUUAACCCUUUGAGUACGAAUACUGAAGCAGAAGCCAUGGCAAUUUUGCAAGCACUUAGAUACUUGCAGAAUAAUCUGGCAGAAAAUAUUAUUGUCAACAUGAUAGAGGAAGUCUGGAGGCUGAUUGGAAAUAAAACUGUGGUGGUUCAGCACAUUUUCGUAAAUAGGAUGGCUGACUAUCUUGCUAAUGUGGCCUUGGACAGAGGAGCUGUUGUGUCCAGGAGCUGGAUUCUCAAGGAAGAAAAUUGA